CACGAUCGUCCCCGUAGAGUGGCAGCACCACGCUGCGGUGCGUGCUGGGGGUUGCUGGUGAAGUGCUGAUUACUGCGUACCAGGCCACCCUGUUGCUGUCGCCGGAUCGCCUUUUGCCCUCCCGUACUUCGUGCCAACACAAAAGCGCGAUACAUAGCCCACGUUGCGCUCCCUUUUCCCUCCCUCCCUUUCCGCCUUCGUCGCCCUCCUCCCUGGCUAGGCUUCCUUGCUUCAUCUCCACUCGCCCACCGGAGAAUUCCUUCCUCUCUCUCGUCGCGCCCAUUGUUUGCUUUGCUCACAUAUGAUCUGAGUCGCGGAAGACUCAGUCGGUGGCAAGGAUACGGGGAUGGCGGGCGGUGGCAGGUGCAGCUCGCUGCUCCGUGGCUUCGUGUCACUCUUCUUCCUCCUGUUCAUCCACAUUGGCCAUGCCGGUUGCUGCUUCUCGACGGGAUCUUCCACGCAGACGCUGGAGGAAGAUGACACUGGACAUGGGGCCGACGGGAGGGGCGGCGGUGGCGGCGGCAGCAAGAGGAGGAAGAUAUCGCCGCUCGCGUUCUCCCCGUCGGUGUCGUCUUCUACGGUGGCUGACGAGAGGUCCAGAGCCAGGCGGAGGCAGGUGUCGUCUCUAGCCACCAGCGUCCGCUUCUACCUCCACCGCAUCUUCUCCUACUCGUCCGGAGCCAAGAACGGCGCUGGCGCUCCAGCCGCGGAGGAGGAAGACGAGGCGGUGACGACGACCGUGUCGUCGCCGCUCGCGCAGUCGUCGUCGUGCCUGCCUCAGCGCCAGGCCUCGUCGUCGGUGGUGCUGUCCACGCCGUCGUCGCCAUGCGCGUCGCCGUUCCUGUCCCCGCUCUCGCCGCAGUCUCUCAGCAUUACUCCUGCGGUGCCGUCGUCGCCGCACAACAGGCAGAUCCCUCAGGCGACCACCAGGCAGUCGUCGUUCAGGUCGUUCGCCGCCCGCGGCGACGUGUUCCCGUGCAAGGUGUGCGGCGAGGUGCUGAGCAAGCCGCAGCAGCUGGAGCUCCACCAGGCGAUGAAGCACUCCCUCUCCGAGCUCUCCAGCCUCGACUCCAGCAUGAACAUCAUCCGCAUGAUCUUCCUCGCCGGGUGGAAGCCGGCCGUUAUGCCCGGCGCCGGCGAGCCACCGUCGGUGCGGCGCAUCCUCAGGAUCCACCACAACCCCCGCGUGCUCACCCGCUUCGAGGAGUACCGCGACCUCGUCCGCGCCCGCGCCGCCCGCCGAUGCGCGGGCGCCGGCGCGGCGGCGGUGGAGGAGCGGUGCGUCGCGGACGGCAACGAGCGGCUGCGGUUCUACUGCUCCACCAUGCUCUGCACCCUGGGCGCGGGCGUGUGCGGGAGCCCCUACUGCUGCACCUGCAGCAUCCUGCGCCACGGGUUCGCCGGGAAGCAGGCCGACGUGGACGGCAUCGCCACCUACUCCUCCGGCCGGGCCGCGCACGCCUCUCUCCCCGACGACGUGGAGCGCGAGUUCGCGUUCCUCCAGGUGCGCCGCGCCAUGCUGGUGUGCCGCGUCGUGGCCGGGCGCGUCGGCCGCGGCGCCGCGGACGACAAGGUGGCCUACGACUCCAUGGUUCCACUACUGCCAACCUCCUCCUUCGCUGCAGCUACCCGUGGCGACGACGACGUCGAGCUGCUCGUGUUCAACCCCCGUGCCGUGCUCCCAUGCUUCGUCAUCAUCUACAGUUGCUAGUUGCGGCAGCGGCACGAGGCGGCCAGCCUGCAUGUCGUACUAGUGUAUAGCCCUUCUUUUUCCCUCGUUAGGUACGUUGGGCUGUGGUCACGGCGGCGCGUACAGUGAGAUCUCGUUCUCGGUUCAAUUAUAGCGGCAAAAUGCAUGGCUCGCUGCUCGUUGAUCUGUCCGACCGGUUGGGUUCUGGCCUUCUGGUCCUUUUGGCUACAUCAAGCUAUGAGUGUACUCGAUCGGCAAUGCAUGGAGCUGGGUGCCACUGCACAUUGCCUGCCUCUGGCUGGAUCGGAUCGAGCACUCGACACAUCAUCCAGCACAGUGAUGGUCUCACUGACGUUGAGUAUUGUCGAGUGGGUUCUACCACACGCUGCACAAUGGUCGUAAGUUAUGUAGCUUGGUUGCCAUGUUCUUAUGUACCUGCUACUACUGUUGUUGUUGGUCCUGCGUCAACUAUCGACUGAUGAAUAUGGUUCAAUGGUACAUUGAUCUUUUUGUAGUUUUGCUCUGCUCUGUCGAUUGGCAUGUGUAAUUGAGCUCUGUUUUUAA